ACGACGGGUGAACAAGCAGUCAGUUCUUGGGUUUGCGGGGUGAUCGUCCUGCGUUCUGUGUUAAAAAUGUGGCGGGUGAAAAAACCGAAUCUUAGCUUGUCGCCUUCUUCCCAACCGGCAAUACCAGCUAUGAGAACUCCUCUCCGAGAACUUAACCUGCAGCCCGGUGCCCUCACCAGCUCUGGAAAAGGGCCCCAGUUAUGCUCUUCGUUGACCCCAUCACUGUGCAAACUGGGGCUGCAGGAAGGCAGCAACAACUCAUCUCCACUGGAUUUUGAAAAUGCUAAGAUGACAGACUCCCCGUCAGAACAGUUCAUCCAUCCAUCAAAGUGGCUAGAAGCUUGUCAACAUAAAUUAGAUGAUCAGCCCCUAAAUCUGAUCCCCCAAACCAGUUCUGCUCCCAAAACAUCUGAGGAAGCAGUGGACCCACUGGACAACAAUGUGAUUAAAACUGUGGUCUGUGUACCCUCCCCAGGAGGGCCACAGCAAGACAUUACACUUGAGGCCCAUUUAGAUACUAUGGCAGAGACAAACAGUUUUUCUCUAGAUGAGUCUUUGAGGCCAGGAGAUCUGCUGAGAAGCAGGGUGGCACCCUGCAUGGAAGAAAGCCUUUCAGUUCCUGCUACGCCUGAGAAGCCUACAUUUCAGAAUCCUCCAUCCCAUCUCUUGGAGUUCCCACCAGAUCCCUGGUCUGAGCCACAGCUACACUGCUCCAAGGAAAGCCUGAAGGAUAGUAGGUCUGAGGCUGCGCCUGAGGACUUAGUCUCUUCUGAAAGUAAUGCCUUC